UCAAAAAUCAACACCCCGCUUUCUUGACUGAAAAGAAGCAUAGAGGAAUUCCAUUCGCUGCUUCUGAUUUUCGACCCCACCCUUGAAUUUCUUCACGGAGCUAUUGCUUUUCUUUUUUAUUGCUUAUCUCACUGAGGCAUUUCAUAGAUUCUUAAUUGUCAAAUGUUUUCCUCAACAUUCCUCAAACGCACUGCCGUCUUUAGUAGACAAUUAUCAACACAGCCUCUGAAACCGCCAAAAACGCCUAUCGAUCUUGCUCAUUUAGCAGAUAAUCCGGGAGCUGUCACUCAGCCAAUUCGUGUGGGUCGUGGUCCAGGUUCCGGCAAAGGCAAAACCUCUGGUCGAGGUCAUAAAGGUCAAAAUGCAAGAUCAGGUAAUGGUAAGCCUGUGCCUUGGUUUGAAGGUGGUCAAACGCCUUUAGUUAGACGCAUACCCAAGCGUGGUUUCAACAAUAUACACGGCAAAGAAUACCAAGAGGUUAAUCUGGAUCGUUUACAACACUGGAUUCAAACAGGCAGAAUCGAUGCUUCACAGCCUAUCACCAUGAAACAUUUAUUAGACUCACGAUGCAUACACAAAAUUGAGGAUGGCGUCAAAUUAUUGAGCAACGGCGCUGAAACAUUUAAGAUUCCUAUUACAAUUGAAGUAUCAAGAGCAUCACAAAAGGCAAUUGAAGCUGUAGAAAAAGCGGGUGGAAAGAUAGUGACACGCUACUAUAAUGCUUUAGGAUUAAGAUCACUCAUUCACCCUGAAAAAUUCACUGUCUUGCCAAAAUUAGCUCGACCCCUGAGGAAGGAAGAAAUCAAUUACUAUUCUGAUCCUAAAAACAGAGGCUACUUGGCCCAAGAAGUGUAAAGUAGAAGUUUAUGUGUCAAACCGAAAAUAAGUAUUUAAAUGUAUUUCUUUACAAAAAUUGAUGUACUAUAUUUGACAAAAGUAAAAAAUAUGCUCAACAGUGCUUUCAUUCGGGAAUAAAUCCUAUAAAUACAUACUUUCUGUUCAAAGAUCACGCAUAACAACAUUCAAUUAUCACAGUUGUCAGCCCGUUCAUGUACCUGUUGAGCGAUAUAUGUCCCGUUUCAGCGAAUCAUACUUUUGAGAUGUAUACCGCAAGCAUCAUUGUCAUUGCUAAGAUUGUUGCUAUACGAAUGUUUUCAAUGUUUCAGCCUGACUUUCAUC